AUGUGGACCUUUACUGUGGGCAGCCUCAUUGGUCGUGUAUGGGAUGGAAGGGAAGUGCGGGGUUUGAAUGGUACUUCUGUUCAUAUAGUAAUGCAAUUGCCGUUGUCAACGUGGCAUGAUGUCCCUACUACAUCGGUCUGCAGGUUUGAGAUAUUGUGUAGCAAAGUACACUUACUUCUGCUUACGCGUCUGAGCGUCGGUGGAAAACUCGUCACUUUGCGUACCCGAGCAUUGCAGAGCGAUGGAGACGAAGGUGACGCUACCGAAGGUCGACGUCCACACUGGCAAAUCUUAGUAGGGCCGAACUCCAAUAGAAAGGAGCAAUUGGGAAGGGGAGAUGUCGGUGUGAAAUCCUACGCUGCUGGCCGUUCUCGUCGUGGAAAUGUUUCAACUUGCCUUCGAACACAGGUCGUAGAGCAGUCAUCACUGCCUCGUUACCAGCUUUGGUACUCAAGGCCAGUAACUUGCAGCACGGUGGUCGAGGAGUGA